UUUUUUAUUAUGGUUUAUCAGUGUAGUGUAGUUGGAUGGAACCACCGGAGACAGACACCGGAAAAAGGAGCACUGUGGCUGGAUGGAACCACCGGGAAAAUUAGCGCUGUGUCCGGAUGGAACCACCGGAGACAGUCGCCGGAGAGAGGUAGGAACGAACGUAGUGAAAGCUCCAUUGGUGAAGAAUAAACAAAUAAAGGGAAAAAAAGGGUAAAUAAUAUAGCGAGCGGUGGAGAGUAAAUUCAGAAAAUUGAGUCUUCUUCUUUCUUCCACAGGUGAACGGUAUUGCUUUAUUCUCAUAAUUUUAAAAUUAGCUUCUAGUGGAUUUUGCUUUUCUUCCUUUCUCUCACCUCUCUCUCCUUCAGCUCCACACUUUCAUUUCUUACAUCAAAUAAUCGUAAAAAAAUUCCCCAGUUAUAGAAGGAGAAGGGAGUCCUAAGUUAUAUUUUCAUUCAACAAAACCCCAUUUACAUAUCUAUUAGUAGUAGUUUAUUUCACAUAAAAAGAAAAAAAGAAGUUAUUGUCUGUGUUCUAAGUUUGAGCCAAAUUGGGGCAUCUUUAGUUUGUUCAUUGUAAAAUUGUUGGAAUUUGUGUUUCAUUUCCCAAAAUUCUCGAUUUAGGUAUUUGGUUUGGGUGAAUUUUUGUGCUAUUAAUCUCAAAAAAGAGCAUUUUACAAGAGGAUUUUUUUUUUCUAAAUUCCCAAAUUGGUCAUCUUUGGUUCUGUGCAUUGUAAAAUUGUUGGAAAUUGUGUUUAUUUCCCAAAAUUAUCGAUUUGGGUGGUCGGUUUGGGUAAAGAUUUGUUCUAUUAAUCACAAGAAAAAGGAUUUGGUGUGUGUAUAUUUCCAAAUUGGGCAUAUUUUGGGUUUGUUUUGUUUCAUACUUACAUUUCUGUGCAUUGUAUGAUUGUUGGGGAUUGUGUUUAUUUCCCAGAAUUCUCGUUUUGGGUGUUCGAAAGAUUUGUUCUAUCAAUCACGGAAAGGCGUUUUUGUCAUAUUUUUUGAUUUAUGUGUUCCAUGGCAAGAUUGUUGAUUGAGGUUCAAGCUUUAAUCAUGCAGCUAUAAAGAUUGGAUAAAGACACAGAUGCUUUAUUUUGUAAGUGAUUGGGGAUCCGUGAGAUCUCCUUCAGCUUGCCAAGAAAAAUGUAUUCGCCUCCUCUGUCUUCCUCUAGCAACCUAUGUGAUUCCAAAGAUAGAAUGAACAACACUAAUGGCUCACAAUUGCGACUUUAUCAAAUCUGGCAAGGAAGAAAUAGAUUCUACCUUGGAGGCAGACUUGUAUUUGGUCCAGAUAUUAGAGCACUGUUUCUUACGUUGUUCUUAAUCCUAGUUCCAGUAGCAUUGUUUUGUGCUUUUGUUUCGAGAGAACUCAUCAAUGCAUUUCCCCACAGAGUAGGCUAUCUUAUUGUGGCCAUAUCCCUUCUCUUCUCAGUCUUUAUAGUAAUACUUCUCUUGCUAACUUCUGGAACAAAUCCUGGAAUUGUUCCACGAAAUGCCCAUCCUCCAGAUUCCGACGAUGAAUGUGAUACCUCUAGCAUCUCGACGAGCUGUUUAGGAAGUCAGACUGGUCCUAUCCGUUUACCACCUAUGAAAAAUGUUACAGUCAAUGGAAUAGUUGUCAAAGUAAAAUACUGCAAAACAUGUAUGCUAUAUCGGCCACCACGCUGCUCUCAUUGCUCCAUAUGCGACAAUUGCAUUGAGCGCUUCGACCACCAUUGUCCAUGGGUGGGACAGUGCAUUGGGAAGAGGAACUAUCGUUACUUUUUCAUGUUUGUUUCCUCUACAAACCUCCUGAGCCUCUAUGUCUUUGCGUUCUGCUGGGUAAAUAUAAAGAAGAUUAUGGAAGCACACAAUUGUAACAUUUGGAGCGCAUUUUUCAAGUCACCUGCUUCAGGCAUCCUUAUAAUGUAUACAUUUGUAGUAUCUUGGUUUCUCGGAGGUCUCACGGCAUUUCACUUGUACUUGAUAAUUACAAACCAGACCACAUAUGAAAAUUACCGGUAUCGUUAUGAGAGGAAGAUGAAUCCUUUUAAUCUUGGAUGUGCUCGAAAUGUUAAGGAGAUCUUUUGCUCUGGAGUGCCAAGUUCCAGGAUCGAUUUCCGUGCACACGUGAAGGUUGAUCGCUCUUCAAGCUUCAACACCUCAUCUUUCUUGGGUGGAAUUGCUACGAAUUCAGAUAUGCACAAAAUGAAGAACUUUGACGUGGAAGUUGGCAGAAGACAGGAUGUCGAUGUUGAUGAGUGUAAAGAAACAGACAGCCGGAUAAAAGCCGAGACCAUAAAAGCCAGUAGGCAAUAACAUCAAUAGGAUUGUACAGAUUGGGUGAAGAGUUUAGAGCAGAACACGAUAUGGAAGACAGGGAGAAAGAAGUGGUCUAAUUCAUUGAAAUUGAUCGUUGAAGUUUUCGUUCUUCCUGCAUUGAUGACAUGGCUAUUGCCACAGCAUUUGAAGUCGUAGGAUCGUCGUGGCCAGAGGGGUGGUUGCUCAUACUUUCUUUUCUUGUGACUGAUUAGUAGCACAUAAGGGAUAGAAAUUGCAUUCUAUUAUUCUUUGAUGACAUUACCAUUCAAUGAAUGUUUUUCUGGUGAAAUUGUAAGAUACUGCUGCUUGUUUGUAUUUCUAAAAACUGGAGUUUAUGGCUAAGAGAUUGAGAAAAUGACUUGCAUA